GAAUUUUUCAUUGAUUUAUUAGAAAUUGUUCAGGUUUUCCAUUACAUCGGUCAUCCACGCCAAGUGAAAGAUUCGCAUUGCUAGUAAAAUUACCGAAAAAACCGCGGUCAACCAAACAAUUCGCGUCAUUCUAAAGAUACAAAUUUUUAUUCUCAGUGGAGUAUGACGACAUGACGGCAAUGUCGACUGACGAUGUUGGCGGUGCAGAGUAGUAAGUUGAAUUCUGUCGUUCGGAGUCAUCGUCAUCGUUUCGUUAACAUCGCGCGCGCUGUACGUUUUUUCCUUUUUUUAGUUCGUGUUCACAAAAAUGUUCCCGAUAUUAUAAUGUUGUCGCGGCCAACAGACGAACGAUUUUAUUUAAAAAUCGGCCAAUUCUUCUGAGUAUAUAAAACGCUUUAAGGCCGACAAUCUAUAUUAUUUUCGUUGAAAUUUUAUGGUUGAAUAAAGAGAAAAACACACACACACACACACAACAUUGACCGAUUUAAUCGCGAACGAAUAUUGAUAUUCGCGAUAAAUAAGCAAAUUAAUAAAAAAAAAAAAACGAAAAAAAUUGAAGAACGAAAACAGUGUGACCUUUCCUGAGAAAGAAAGAGCCAGAAAGAAAAAAAGAAGGAUCAAAGAUUUAAAAAAAAGAAGUAAUAAGUUCAUACGAAAAAUUUAUUUGCUAUAGAAAAUAAACAAGUUGAAAAGCGACCGAUCUAACUAUUUGAAGAAGAGAAAAGAAGGAGAAAAGAAGAAGUUAAGGUGCAUCUAUUCUUUAGAGGCGACAGACAGUAAAGUGCGACAAAAAAGAGAAUAUACAUUGUGUUGUGACACAUACGACAUAUAUACAUAUUGAAUCGUAUAAGUGAGCGUCGUCUGAAGUGAGCGUAUGAAAUGAAACACAAAUUAUUGGCAGACAAAGCUAAAUAAUUUUUCCGUUUUCAAAACAAAAACCCCAAGCAACAACAACAAGAGAAAAUACAGAGAAUCUCGAUUGUGCUCCGGAUUUUGUGCAUCUAAGUAAUCAUUAUCACAUAGCCGAUAAGAGACUGUACACAGCAAAAUUUGGACCGAUACAAGUUGACGUCGUUUAAACGGAUCGUGAUUUGUUUCGUUUGAGUGAGCGAAAGAGAUUUUGUGUAUAUGUGCGUGUUUUUUUGACGCAAAAGCUUUUUAAUUCACACCUUUUCGGUAUUGUGCAUUCAUUUCAAUACUUGCGAUCAACGUGUAACGAUUGCGAGUGAUUUGUCACCGUUGUCGUUGUCGUCAACGAUUAUUAGACCAAAAGAGAGAGACAGAGAGACGGAGAUUGAGUGCGAAACAGAGAUACGCAUCCGAAAAACUGAGUGCAACCGAAACGACCAAAACAACAACAUUGUGUGCCAGUGCCGACAGUGUCUACAUCACAUCAAUUCAGUGUCAUUGCGCGACUGCUCGCAUAAACAGAGUUGACAACUGUGUAGCAACAGACUAUCAACUAUAACUAUUGAUUCAAAAAAACAAAACAUUUUUACUCCGGAAGCAGAACAUCCAUUACCCAUGAUCUCAGUUCAGUCAGGUUAUGCAGGAAUGGAGCGUUUCGGCGUUGAUGUUGGCUUAGGAUCGCCUCCAAAUCAUCGUCGACGAAUGCGUUCUGAUUCUGUGCAAAGCGAUCUUUUGCUCGGUGCCAAUACAUCGAUAUUGAGCAGUAAGCCGGAAAGUCGCAACAGUUUAUUGACCGAAAAGCAUCAUCACCAUCAUCUCCACCAUCAUCGGCACCACUGUCAUCGGUGCAGCGAUGAGAUCAUACGCUGUCCACAUCACGUUGCUUUGCCAGACGGUGAAUGGAACCAUCCUUUUAGUAAUUUACAAUCGCAUGCGGAAAUAACGCGUUCCUACAUUCGUGCGCCGCCGAAUAAAACGGCAUUAGAAAUCAAUUUGCCGGUACAGAAACUGAAUAUGUCGGUGAUGAAAUUGAAUAGUCCGUCAUCGGCGCAAGAAUUGAAUAUACCAUCGAUCACAAUGUCAUCGGGUGGAAAUUCCGUGGCGUCAUCAAUAAAUAAAUCCAGACAUAAUCCGAUAGCAAAAUUUUUCACACGAAUCAGUAGCGUACCAACGGGGACACAACAACAAUCAAAAUCAGCGUCAGCAUUGUCACAAUUCCACCACCACCACAGCAGUACAGAUUGCCAGUCGACAUCACCAUCGCCCUCAUCAUUAUCGUCGUCAUCGUUAGUCUGCGUUACAUCAUCACCUUCAUCCACAUCUUUAUCACUGCUGCAAACCGAAGACUCGCGAUAAAAAGCUUUUUCGUUUUGUUCUCUUUCCAUCAUACAAAAUCAAUGAUAAUAUUAUUAAAAAAAACAACAACAAAAUAACAACAGCAACAACAACAUUUAAAAAUUGAACUAAGAAAACAGAGAAGAAACGAAGCUCAUUUGCAAAUUUAGCUAAACAACAAAAUAAAAAAAUGAAACGUCAAACGGUAGUAGUAACAACAACAGUGUAACAAAAAAUAACAACAACAAAAAGAAAACCACCAACCACACGUCGAUGACGACAACAAAGAAAAUGAAGUGCAGACGAUGGGAAAUUUGAAACAAGAGUGAGCGCCAAUGGGCCAUUUGGAGCGGCAGCACACAAUUGCCAUUUCAUUGGUAUUGUGUGUGUUAUUGCAGCGGGCGCAAUUCACUCUUUGAGUGCCAGCCACUGCAUUCUGUUCGAAUCGGCGUGUCUUGGGCGAGUGGGGAACGGUGUGUGAUCGCAACUGGGAAAUGUGAUUCAGAAUCUGCGCGGCCAAGUCGUACAAAAUGCCAAAAACACACACACAUAUAUAUAUAUUAAUGUACAUUAGGAUAGGCAUCAAUGGUGCCACCCAAGUGCACACCAGCCAGACCAAACAUGUGGUUAAAAGCGUAUCAAAUUUAUAAGAGACACAUUGAGAAUAGCAAAAAAAAAAACAUAAAAAAGCCAACGUAGAAACAAACCACUCAUUAUAUGUAUAUGUAGUUGCAAAUAUUUUGUACUGUGUAGCCCAUUUUCAAGUUUCUCAGUGUGCGUACGAAUGCUGCGAAUUAGGGUGGAAUCUAUUCGGAUGAAAAGAAGAAGAAAAUAGACGGAAGACGAGUGAGAGAGAAGGGUUGAGAAAAUACUGUUGGGUUUCUUGAGUCUUGAUGGAAAAAGAACCAGACGCACACAAUAGCAAAAUAAUAAAGAAGAGAAAAACUGAAAUUGAAAGAGUUGAAGGUGAACUAGGAGAAGCAGAAGAAGAUGAAAAAUGCAAGAAAAUUUAACAAUAUUUUAACAAACCGAGUCCAUUCCACUUGGUACACAUCACUUAGUCUUUAACUUUUACGAUAAAAUGUAAUUUUUUAAAGAUACAAACUGUUUCACUUACACACACGGACACAUUUUUUUCUAAAUUUUUUUUUUCUCAUUCAUUUCGUUUUGUUCCAAUACGAAAACGCUUUUGGUGUGUGGUAUAUGUUUGUAGUAUGCUCAACAAAAGCGCAAUUGAAUUGAUGCAAUUGGGAAAUAUGUAAAUACUAUUUGAUAGAUCAAUGAACAAACCAAGUCGUCGCUUUUCAUGUGUUCUCCCCUUCAGUUCUUCUUAGCUUUAGUAUACCUAGAUGAACCUUAGUAUCAAGAGAGAAAGAAAGCUAGAGAAAAUAAAGAAAACAAAAACUAAAAAGAAAAAAAUGAUGGCGCCAUGCUACGUUGAAACCAGGACUCAAGUGCACCCUCGGAAAAUUUGGAAUGAAAUGAAAUUUUUCAAGUAUUUGCUAAAUAUAUACAUAUUUAUACACUUUUUGAUUCUUUCGUUCAUUGUAAUUUCUCCAAAUUUUCGGAAUUUCCCUCAUUUCGCGCUUUUUUCAGCAGCUCUCCGUAGCCUUUCAAUACAAAAUUAUCCACCACUGUGAAAUGGAAGACAAAAAAAAAAUUGAGAAAAACUAAAAAUAGAUAUCAACUGCAAAAUAUUUUACAAUUCUAUCACAUGAGAACAGAAAUUAUUCAAAAACAGAAGAAUACAGAGUCUUGUCAUGGGAUUUAUCGAACAUUCGGUGUGCAUUAUUAACAAGUUAAAUUUCAAUGUAUGAACAAUUUCCAGGAAUGAAUUUGAAAUGUGAACAAUUUAGACAAGUCAAAGAUGAAUAAAAAGAAACAAAAAAGAUAUGGAUAAAAACGACGGACAUGUGUGUUUGCUUAUGUAAAUAUGGAAUUCGAUUUAUAAUAAGAUAUAACAAUAAAAUACUAAUUAAACUAAUUAAAAAAAAACACACACACACACAAGAAAUGAAAUUAAUUUUCUCAAUUUUAGUUCUUUUGUUAUUAUUUUGUUUCUUCGAUAAUAUUUAAAUGAAAUUAUUUUUCAUCAAGACUUAGACUUUGAAAUGCGUUAAAAAUGUAUUUGGAAAUUCUUUUCGUCUGCAAUUGUUUUGUAUCGACGGAGCAAUUUCGAUGGCAAUGGGCAUACUCAACAAUCGAGUACAAUAGAAUACACAUAUACAAUGUGGGCUUAGAUUAUUUAAUUGACAUUGACAUCAGCUGAAGCCGCCGCCGCCGUAACACACACAUACACACAGAAUAAAACCUAAAAUAAAUGAAAUAAAAAGUCGAAACGCUAAAGAGAAAAGAAAACACACAAUCUAUUAUUAUCAUUAUUAUUACUAGUAGUAGCUUCAUAGAUGUAAUAACGAACAAUUCCAUGCACUAUGAUUAAUGGUUAAGCAAAAGAGAGGAAAUGAAUAACAAAAAAAAUAAUAGCAUUAAGAAUUUUUAAUUAGUUUGAUAUUUAAUAUUUGAUGAAGUUGAACGAGAGACAGAGAGAAUGCUUUGAAACAAGGCGUUCACAUUUCGAAAAUUGCGAAAAAUAAAUAAAUAAAUAUAUUAUUAUAUUAAAGAAAAUCUAUUUGAUUCGAUGUAAAAAAAAAACUGAAACAGACAAAACAAUGCUGAUGAUUGAUUUGAUGAAACGUAAAGGUGCGUGUAGCCACGUUUAAAAGCAGCGAACCGGCAUUGUGUGUGCGUGAAUAUGAAUAUGAAUUUAAAAAAAAAAAACAAUUUUAUUUUCGAAUCCCCGUUUUCGGUUUUUCAACUCAAAAUAUAGUAUAUAUAUAUAUAUAUAUAUAUAUAUAUAUAUGUAUAUAUUAUAACUAGAAAAGACUGCAGUUCAUCAGAAAAAAAAAACUAAUAGGAAAGUCAACGACAGUUUUUUUCUUCUGUUCAUUCUUUCUUCUUUUUUUUUAAAUUUAAUUUAAAUAAUUCAAUGCACUGAAAGCUAUAAAUUAGAUUUUAGACAUGAUACAGUUCGGUAUAGAAAACAGGAGCGAAUACGGUAAAUGUGUGUUUCACUUCUUUGAUUGAUGAAAAAUAAAUAAAUUUAACAAUAAAAAAAAAGUGCUACAAAUUGAAUUUGAUGAAUUGAUCUAUGAACAACCAAAACAACAAUCGCCAAAACAAGUUCGGACUCUUCUCUGACCGUCGAAUGGCAUUCGUCUUUCCGCUGACUGAGCGAAAACUGAAAACUUCUUGGGACAAAACCACACCUACUUGUCAUAUGAAUGGAAUGAACCAAUAUUUGCUCGCCGAUAUAUUCCAUUUUGGAUAAAGAAGAAUUUACACAUCACUUUUCUUUUCCGCCAAGUUGUGUGGCACUUUUGUGUUUGACUUUCACGUAUUAUCCGGAGUACUACUUGUGAAUGCGUAUUUGCGCGCCCUGUAUGUGUAUCCGUGCGUACGCACUCGUGUAUGAGUACACGCAAUCACAGCCUUGACAAUUCCAGCCCAAAGGAAUUAACUCUUAUUUUGAAAUGAUAUUAAGCAUAUAAAUACAGAUUGAUAUGACUUGUGGGUGCAAACACGAAUUUUAGAUUGAAUGGGAAAAUGAAUGGGCAACAAAAAAAAAACCGUACACGAAUCGAAUGUAAUAGAAAAAAAACGAAACGAAUCAUCUUCACUGAGGUGGGAAUAUCAAAAGCCAAAUGUCUAUUUUUUUUGUCAAUUUUUCAUUUGGAUUUUUAUCAUUCCAAUAAUUCAACUCAACGCAUUUCGAUGGGGCCCGAUUGCGACAAUUUUUCUGGAUUUGAACCGAAUAUUUGUUUUUCGUUUCAUUUCCCUAGAUAAAUUACAAAAUAGCAUAAAAUCACGAUAUUACAUGUAUACAAAGAGAAAUAUAUAGACAUUCUAGUUCCUAAUUUUAUCAUUUUGACAAUUCAAAUAUGCAUAAAUAACUAACUCAAUCUGAUUUGUAAAAGAUGAUUAUUUUUUGUUCGGUUCGAAAUAAACACUGAGGAGAAAACACUUGUCGUUGUAAAAAAUAAAUUCCAGGGCAAUUUCUAUCUCCUCCUCAACAAGAAAAAAAAAACAGAAAUCUCUCACACGCCACACCACACCACACAUUUUAUUUAUUGCACGCUGGCUAAUUAACACGUUUUGAGACAUGCGAUCGAAACGAGCAGCAAGGACUCAAUUGUGUCGAUGAUGCGAAUAUGAAAUCAAAAAAAAAGAAAUAUAUUUAUAGAUUGGUACACUCUAAAUGAAAGAUGCUUAGUUACUGCGUUCGCAAAUGUGACAGGUGAAUAUUAAGCAAAAUGAAAAGGAAACAAAAAUGAGCCGAAAAUUCUAUGAGAUAAUUUUAGAAUAAUCAGUUUGUGGUACAUUGAAUUGCUAUCGGUUGCACAUAUUACAUACACAUUUUAUUGCAAGGAGAAACACAGAACUGAUUGCGUUUAAAGAAUUAAAAACAAAAAGAAGACGACGAAGAAAAAGAAGGAGAAGAAUAAAAAGAAAAAUUAUUUAAUAAAAAAAAAAAAAAUCAAAUGAACACUAUUUUCGUAUUUGCCAUUUACGGAUUUAACUUUUAUGUAAAUUAUAGAAAAAAAAACAAAACAAAUGAAUAUUAUGAACAAUAUAGAAUCUUAAAUAUGUUAGUUUAUGAAAUCAUCAAUUACAUCACUUUUACUUAAACAAUUUGUAUCUUCAUUCAACUACGACAACAACAAAAAUACAAUCAAUAUCGUUUAUUUUCA